GCUUGCGAGAAAAAAUGAGGUAUUCAACCACAUGCAAAAAAAAACCUAUAAGAACAAAUAAGGUGCCAGGUGGUGUUACAGAUUUUCUCUGCAAUAAUUCAGAUUCAUCCAAGAGGAACCAUUUUCUCUCUCCUCUUGGAUCUUCAACAAUCAUAUUUAAUUUUUAUUAAUCACAUUUUUUAAUCCAGAUUCUGAUUCUUAAUUUAUCUCUUUAAUCAACACACAAUUUGUUUGUGUUGUGUUCUUGCAUGCAUGCUUCUGUCUGAAAAUCAAAUGCCACAACCGAAAAUUCUUCGGUUUCUUGAUCAUCGUAUAUAUAUCGUCUCCGGAUCCAUCUCGAAGAUAUUAAAUCCCCGUUCGUGAUUCUUAUUCGCAGAUCCGUCUCGAAAUUUAAAAAAAAAUGGAGCAAUUCAGGCAAAUGGGAGAAGUUUUGGGAAGUUUAAAGGCACUAAUGGUGUUCGAAAACCACGUAUUCAACCCCCGACAAUGCUGUCUGUUGGUAGACAUGCUCACUUCCGGCUACGAAACGAUCGCGCAUCAUAUGAAACAGAAUCUCCGAUUCGAGGAGAAGAACACGAAAUGGAAAAUCAUCGAGCAUCCGUUGAAGGAGCUUCUCCGAGUAUUCAAAGAAGGAGAAUCGUACGUCAAGCAGUGCCUCGAGACGAAAGACUAUUGGGCGAAAGCAAUUGUCCUCUACCAAAACUCCGAUUGCGUCGAGUUCCACAUACACAACUUGCUCAGCACAAUCCCGAUAGUGAUCGAAGCCAUCGAAAUGGCCGGACAAAUAUCGGGAUCCGAUCAAGACGAAAUCCAACGCAAGAAAUUCGUUUACUCGCUCAAAUACCAGAAAGAUUGGAGGGAUCCAAGAAUCUUCCAAUGGAUAUUAGGCGACCACUACCUCGUUUCCCAAGACUUCUGCAAUCGAAUAGAGUCCGUUUGGGACGAAGACAGAUGGUUCCUUAUCAAGAAAAUCAAAGACAAGAUGCUAAACAACACCGGGAGUUCACACUCGAAACGUGACAGACGAAUGGCCGACCUUCUUCUAAACUACUUAAAUUCCUCCUCCUCCUCCUCCUCCUCAACAUCAUCGUCGCUAUUACUACCGAGUUCGACUUUGGUGAACUCGAAGGAUUAUCAAGUGAGGAGAAGGCUCGGAAACGGGAGCCAGUUGAAGGAGAUUCAAUGGCUCGGCGAGAGCUUCGCCAUACGCCAUUUCUUCGGAGAUGUGGAGCAAUUAGUACCGGAGAUUUCCGCAGACUUCACUCUUUCGCAUCCGAAUGUAAUGCAUUUUCUGUGCGGUUUCGCGGACGAGGAGAAGAAGGAGUGCUACUUAGUGAUGGAGCUGAUGAACAGAGAUUUAUCGAGUUACAUUAAAGAGACGUGCGGGCCGAGGAAACGGAUCCCGUUUCCGCUACCGGUUGCGGUUGAUCUAAUGCUGCAGAUAGCCAGGGGAAUGGAGUAUCUGCAUUCGAAGAAAAUCUAUCACGGUGAAUUGAAUCCUUCGAAUAUUUUAAUCAAGAGCAGGAGCAUUGCAGGUACAGAGGGUUACUUACAUGCUAGGGUUUCGGGGUUCGGGUUAUCUUCGUCGAUUAGUAGCCUCACGGAGAAGACUCCGGUGAGCAGGCCGUUUAUUUGGUACUCGCCGGAGGUGCUGGCGGAGCAGGACGAGUGGUUUGGCGGAGACGAUAGAAUCAGCUUGAAAUACACAGAGAAAUCAGAUGUGUACAGUUUUGGGAUGAUUUGCUUCGAGGUUUUGACGGGGAAAGUUCCGUUUGAAGAUACACAUCUGCAGGGGGAGAAGAUGAGCCGGAAUAUCAGGGCAGGGGAGCGGCCGCUUUUUCCGUUCCAUUCGCCGAAGUAUAUCACGAAUCUGACGAAGAAAUGCUGGGCGACGGAUCCGAAUCAACGGCCGGGGUUUUCGUCGAUUUGCCGGAUUCUUCGCUACGCGAAGAGGUUUUUGGCGAUGAAUCCAGAGCACAGCCAGAUCGACGCGCCGAUGCCGCCGAUUGAUUUUGGGGAGAUUGAAUUGGGGAUUGUGAGGGGGUUUCCGUUGAUCGGGAACUCGAAUUUGGUGUCGAUUUGGCAGAUUCCGUUUCAGAUGUUUGCGUAUAGGGUUACGGAGAGGGAGAGGGCUAACGUGACGAGCCAGAGGGAGAACUCUGAAUCGGGAAGCGAUGGGGCUUCCACUUGCGACGAGAGCGUCGUUCCGGUGGAGGAUCCGUUCACUUCGCCGCCGGAGAGGAAAUCGUCGCUGCCUUCGCCGGAGAUGAUGAUCAGGAAACUCUCUAUGUCGAAGAAAUCGAUGGAAGUCAGAACCCCCAAACAGCCAGGUACGCCGAAGGGAAGAUCGAGACCGCCGCAUACUCCGACGGGAAGAGCGAUGAGGAUGAAUUCAGAGAGUCAGCUAACGAUGAUGACAAUGAGUCCACGAACACGGAGAAGAUCCGGCCACGCCUCCGAUUCUGAACUGCCCUAGUAUAUAUACAUAUAUAUGUAUAUAUAUACAUACAGAAGCUGGAAAAAGAUGAUGAUUGUAGAACACUUCCAUUUUGAUUACAGUCUCAAUUUUGCAGUGUUGAGUUUUUUUUUAGUUGUUUGUUUUUUAAUUUGUGAUGAACUAAGAGUUAUAUUCAAUUUUUUUUCUAAUCAUUCGUUUCAAUCUGAAUCGACUGUUACUGAAGUUAUCUGAAACAUAAUUUUGCAAUAAUUAACUACUAACUUGAGAAUUAAUUAAUAAUUAGUCCACUUUAAACUGAAUAUAUAUUGUCAUAUAAAUUAAAAAUGAUAUCAAGAAAUAAAAAAAACCAAUUAGGAAUAAUUAAUUCAUCCAUAAUCCGCUUCUGCCAUUCCCACGAGAUUUAAAAAAAAAACAAUAAAAUAGAUAAACAGUUAAUUUGAAGAAAAAGAAAAUAAUUGAAUCAAAGUAUUAAUGAAAACCAAGAAAAAUAAAAUAAAUGUGGCCAUAGAUAUAGUUAUAUACUAGCAACCAUUGGAGUAAUCUAGGGCAGGGAUUCAUUCAGUUGUUUGAUACCUUUGACAUUUCAAUUCAGUCCCCCCAUGCAUG